UAUAUCACCUUCCUUCAUUGCUGUCAGCACGCGUCCAUACGGAUGUGUGUGAGAUCGCAGCAUGCAUUCGGUCCAGGGAGGAAUGUGGGACCCCCGGCCCCCAUCUAAACAUGCCUCGCCCCUACCCCAACCAACCUCCAACUUACGCCUAGCCCAUGUGACCACAGCCACUCCAGCCAAGCGGAUCACCUUCUACAAAAGCGGCGACAGUCAAUUUGGGGGCAUCAGGAUGGCAGUCCACAAGCGCAGCUUCAAAUGCUUUGACGCCCUGCUGGACGACCUUUCCCAAAAGAUGCCCCUGCCAUUUGGUGUGCGCACUGUGACCACUCCCCGUGGCACACACACCAUCAAACACCUAGAGCAGCUCCAGGACGGUGGCUGCUACCUCUGCACCGACCGGCGGCAGGCCAAGCCAGUCAACAUGGAGUUGGCAAACAAACGGCCAAACAUCUGGUACCAUCACAGUCAAAGGCCCCAUCGGCCCGAAUCAUCCGCAACACUGGCCGGCCAUUUGCCUUACAGGCAGCGACGGAUCCUGCUGGUGAAGAACAGUGAGCCGGGGAUGAGGAGAAGCGUAGUGCUUAGCAGGAGGUCCGCCAGGAGCCUGAGGGCCUUUCUGGAUGAGGUGUCAGAGGUGAUGCAGUUUCAUGUCCGCAAACUGUACACUGCAGAGGGACGAAGGAUUGACAGCGUGCAAAGCCUCAUGACUUGUCCUGGUGUGUUGGUGUGUGUUGGGCGGGAAGCCUUCAGUCCAAUGCUGGUAAACUUUAUCAGGAAGAGUUCAGAGGAAAAACUGCCUGGUCUUGGUCCCAGGACUCCUGGAAAUGGGGCCCGAUCUCCUGCUACUCAAGGCGCAAGAUCCCCGCCUCAUGGAGCUCAGUCCAGAGCCAGCGAGUACAGUGAAGGACACGAGAGCAAGAAAAACGUUAACUUCGGUCUGGAAACCAAAAAAAGCAUCAUCCAUCCUCGUUCAGAUUCCUCAAACCGCUCUGCCCGUUUCUCCUUGUCCUCAGAGAAGUCAUACGGCAAUGGCGUCAGCACCUACUCCCAAGCCAGACCGUCUAUUAUGAAUGAAGACAUUGAAAAGCGUGUCCUGGUUAAUAAAGAUGGCAGCCUCUCAGUAGAGAUGAGGGUGCGUUUUCGCCUACAUAAUGAUGAGACCCUCCAGUGGUCUACACAAAUUAAAAAAUCCCCAUCACUGACCACUGAAUGUUGCCCCCUGAGCCAGGCCCCACCUCAUUACCUGCAACAGGGUCAGUCAGAGAGCAGCUCUGACCCUGACUCCACAUCCUUUGACCCAGAGGGUGUGGAUUAUUCCAGCCAACCGCUGCAGCGCGUUUCGGAGGGAAACCAAUGCCCCUGCUGCUACCAGAGACAGGAACAGCAGUACGACUUGUGGGAAAACCCAGUGCACAGCCACAAACAGCCUCCUGUCCCACCCCCACAUACAGCCAGCCACACCCACACAAUGAGGAGACAUACACACUCUUCUAGUUCUUCCUCAUCAUGUAAUUCCAGGAGGGUGGUGCGCUGUCGAGCACGACUCUCCAACUGUGGAGGAGGCUCCGGUUCAGAGCAGAGCCAACUGGUCCAGGAGGAGAUGUGUGUGACCGAGCAGGUUGAGCGCAGAGUGGAAGUAGAGCAGGAUGGAGAUACCCAUGUAGAGGUGUGCAAGGUGAGCCGAUGCUGCAGCCGCAGUGAAGUAGUUGCCUUGGAUAGUAACCUACGACCACUUAGCCAGAAGUCAGUAGAGGAUGAGCUAAUAACGGAGGAAGGGGGUGACCGUCCACUGUCUGCAAUCAGCAGCUCCUCGAAUAUCCUGCAGUCGCUGAAAGAGGACCUAGAUGAUGACCUGCCACGCAGCGCCUCACAGUGCUGUAAUAGCAAUGGACCAUCCCCAUCCCCAGCCUUUGAGACACACCCAAAUGACAAACCAACAAGCGAGAUCUCAGCUGGUUCUGUCCAUCCCAGUGAACACAAGGAGGGCGAAGAGAGAGGAAGCAGGGCAGUAUCUGCAGCUUGUUCCUGUCACUGCGGAGCAGCCACCCCAAAUUCAACAGCUGGCGCAGAGGAGAUGGAGCGAGCUCCCAGCUCCAAGGCGAGAAUGAGCAGAGCCUCCUGCAGGUCCAGCAAAGCCAACAUCCCAAUCUCAGAGGAAGAUGGAGCUGCAGAUGAUGAGGAUGAGGACAUAAAGAGGGUUGUUAGUGGUUUGUCUGGUCACACAGGACUCUCAGCGGGCUCUCAGUCAAGGGCUUCCAGUGUAUGUCCUAAUUGUGGAGGCUACAAACAUGAGAUCAACUCUCUUUCCAAUAGCAGAGUUUCACAGAGGUCCCAUCAAUCCCACCCAGCCUCCCCAAAGCCUCCCACACCCCUCUCCAACCAAGAGAAUGCUCAUAAUGGCAGUGACGAUGAGGGUUCAGAUGUCUCAGCUGUGUCAACGCAAUCUAACAAGACCAACCUCACCAACCACGGGCGCAUUUCUGCAAUAUCAAAUGCCCUGGAGGCCAGAGCAUCAAGUGCCAUGUCCAUGUCAGAUCCCGAGGAAAUGAGAAAAGAGGAAGAAAGGACUUCUAGUGUCACUUCAGCCACGAGCCACAGGUCUAAUAGAUCACACAAGUCUGGCUGUAAUGAUAAUACUGGUGUUACAACAGAAAAAGAGGAAGAGAGAAGCCCCAGUGCCAUGUCGGCUCAGUCAAGCAAGUCUCAUAAGUCCAACUGCAGCGGCACUGCUGAGGCUCCUGAUAUCAGGACAAGAGAGGAAGCAGAGGGAGAGACAACUGGAGAGAGAGCACUUAGUUCUUUGUCAGCUAAAUCUGGUGCUUCUUCCAAGACCAGGGCUUCAGUCAAGUUAACUAUUAUGGUUGCCUCUCCAACUGAUAAUACAGCUGUGAAAGAAGAUGACACAAACAAAAGAUCUCCUAGCGCCCUUUCCGGUAAGUCUAAUGUUUCUGAUAAGCCUGACAUGGCAGAAAGACCUGAUAGCGUCCUGUCUGCUGCAUCAGUUAAAUCAAAUGCAUCAGCAAAGUCUGGCACAUCUCACAGGUCCACUUGCAGUCAUUGUGCAAGAGCAGUAUCUACAGGCCCCAAGGAGGCUGAUGAACCAGUUAUGGAAGCAACGAGACAGGAAGAAGGAAUGGAGGAGAGAGCAGUGAGUGCCAUGUCAGCCAAGUCCAAUUUGUCUGCCAAGUCUAAUAAAUCCUGCAGGUCCACCAAAGCUUCAGAAAGGUCACUUUCUCCAAGACUAGGAAAUGGAGGAGAUCUAGAAAAAAGGGCAGCAAGUCAAAUGUCUUGCAGAUCAGUUAAAUCUAAUAACUCUGUUCAGUCUUCCAAAUCUUGCAAGUCUAACUAUAAUGGCUGUGAAAGUGCACAAUCUCCAAGCUUAAGGGAGGCCAACGAUAAAGAAACUGAAAUGGUAGUGGAGGAAACACAGCAGAGAGCAGGAAAUGCAAUGUCUGCAGAAGAAAGUGAGAAAGCUCAGGACCGGACUGCUAGUGCUUUAUCUGGUAAAUCUGCUUCCUCUGCAAAGUCUCACCACACAAACUGUGACGUGGGUUCACUGGUGGCUCCAGGCGAAGACACAGCAAAGACAAAGGUGGACAACACUGAGAACAGAACCCCUAGUGUCAUGUCUGGGAAAUCGCACACUUCUGCUAAGUCCCACAAAUCCCAGAUGUCAAACUGCACUGCAGCAUCUCCAAAUCCAAACAAAGCCAAUGCUGAGACAAAUGGAGAAGAGAAGCAAAAUCAAGAGCGAGUGGCAAGCGCCCUGUCUGUAAAGUCAAAGUCAUCAGCUAGAUCCAAUACUUCUAACAAGUCAAAUUCCCGCAAUAUCCAAUCAGUGUCACCAAAUCCAAAUGCUGUCAUCAUAAAAACUUCAGAGGGGGUUGAUGAGGAAGGAAACGACACAACAGAAAGAGCGUUGAGUACUGCAGCUGAUAUUGCUCAUGUUGAAACAGCAGACACAGAUGAAAAGGUUGGGGAAGACAUUGCUACAAGAAGUAAAUCUUCUGAACAUUGUCAAAGCCAGUCGCUCUCACCCAAAGCUCCAGAUACACCCCCCAGCAGUCCCCAGUCUCCUGUGCAACAGUUGUUGCCUGGUCCCAGUGUUGGAGAGACAAGGGGGUCCAGCGCCUUGUCAGUUCACUCAGUAAAGUCUUCUAAAUCUGGCAGAUCCAAAUGUUGCUGUGGAAAUGCUUCAGCAAAGAAAGGAAAGGAGAAGGUGGAUAAGGAGGUCGAGGAAAAGGAAGACAGUGAGGAGGUAAAAAGUGAGAAGGCUUCUGAACGAGCUGCCAGUGUCAUGUCGUCCUCAACCCAACGGCAGAGGAAAGAAUCAGAAGGCACAGAGCAAGCACUGAGUCGAAACUCUUCAGGGUCAGUCUCUCUUGGGUUGCCAGAAGACCAUGAAACAGGUGACUCAGACAGUGGCAAAUCAAGUGUUUCUUUUCAUGUAGACACUGAGAAUAAGAGCAGAGUGAAAACAGCAACUCCUAAUGCCCUCAAAAGAACAGUGCAGUCUGACAUGAAGGACGAUGUGGAGGGAACAGGGUCCACAAUGUCUCAACAGUCCAACAAUAAUGGGAGUAAAAACACUUUGUCUCACAUUCCCCCAGUCAAUAUUCCUACUAUUGAAACACCAGGAGGAAAUGAUGAUAAAGGUGAUGACAGCGGAAAGCAAGAAACAGUUAGAGCAUCUAGUGCGUUUUCAUCAAAAAGCAUUAAGUCUCACAAGUAUUCCUGUAAGUGCAGUGUCAAAGCAGCAACUCCUGAAACAGAAAGUGUGCAGUCUGCUUCAACAACAAAAGCAAGUGAUACCGAAGGCACUGACAACAGGAGCCCAUCUGCAAUGUCAUCAGGAGGUGCUAAAGUUCGCAACAAAUCCCCUUCAAGUGUUAGCAUUAAAAAGUCCAAUGUAGCAAAAACAACUGCUGGAGAUUCAGCAAAUGAUGACACAGAAAUCCAAGCUGUUAGUAGACCAUCUAGUAAGGCCAAAGUGAAACAAGAUACUGCAGGCAACAAGGCAGCCAGUGUUCAUUCCAAGAGUCCCUGUUGCCUCAGGCCAGAGUCGGCAGCUUCGGCUCAGUCAGAUUCUCUGAAUCCAGUCAUAGGUCCCAAGGUGAAUUCUAGUGGCAGUGUCAAAACAUCCAGUUCUAAAAAGAAUGAAACACCACUAAAGUCCUCAAGCCCUUGUCCCAUACACAGCUCCAGACCAGGCAGUAAAGUGACGACAUGCAGCGAGAGCAUUCUAUCUCACUCCCUAUCCGCUGCUGACCUGCUGAAGGAAACCAUGGCCACUGCCCGUCCACGGAGUCAACAGUCAAAGGCAAGCAAAACUAGUGACAAGCCCAGGAGUGAGAAAAGUGGAAAAAUAAAGAAUGAGACGAAUCAGGAGGAGAUGGAGCUAACACCUGCCUGCCUGCCCAACGCUUCCCCCAGUGAGGUUGUCAGUGACUGGCUGCGCAGCAUUCCUGCUAACAGCAGCAUGCUCACAUUUGGAGAUGAGCUGCAUGAGGAAGAGCAGGAGAAGGCGGUGGAAGAGAAACCUGGAGAAGAGGAGGCAAAGGGGGAGGAGGGUCCUGAAGACAAGAAAGUGGAUGAGGAGGAGAAAGUUCAGGCUGGAGAGGAAGGAGAGAAAGAGGAAGGACAUGAAUGUGAUACAGCAGAGGAGGCGAAGGGUUCAGAGCCAGCUCCAGGUGAUGCAGUAGGGACUUCUUCUCACUUCAACAAUCCGUUGUUGAGCACAGAGUCUCUGCCCAGGAACUGGCAUUCUUCAGCUGCAGUGAUGAAAGUUCUCCUGAGCCCUUCUCUGGGUCGAUGUCAGAGCAUGCCUGAGGUGUCUCCAGUUUAUGGUCGAAGACUGAGCACAUCAGCCAGGGGGUUCUUGGACUGUUUGGCUCAGCUCCAGCUCAUUGAGCCUGCAGUGAGCCCGGGCAGCAACCAACAGAAGGACCGCCAGUAUGAAGACAUUAUGGCUAUCCUUCAGUCCCUCUGGCUCACUGAACCCAGAGACAUUGAGGCCAAAGAGGUCAAGGACGCUGGUAAAGAGCAGGUCACUCCACCAAGGUCCUCAUCUGGGGUGGAUAUGAGCAGUGGGUCUGGAUCAGGAAAGAAUGAAAAUGAGAAUGGAAAUCAAGGUGAAGAUGAGACAGAGCAAAACAAAACAAAUGAAGGAGAAACUUUACAUGAGGACAAGGGUGCAGAGAAGGUUGUAGAAGAGGAGGAAGAGGAGGAGGAAGAGGACAGAAACGCAGUGAUAGGACACAAGGAAAUCGAGGCAGAACCAGAGGAGACAGAAGAAGCUCAGACAGAAAUAGCAGAGGAACUGGUACAGAGUGAAGAGCAAAGUACAGUCCCUCCAAGUCUGGACAGCCCCAAAGCCACUGACAAUCCCUCAUCAUCGGACAAGAGCUCUGCUAACGACAGCUCCAAGUCCCCCACAGAUAAUGAACGAGAGACGUUGGACUCCAGCUCAGGCACACCCCCAACUGUCCUGCGAGCCCCAUUGUCCAAAAAAAUAUCCCAAGACCCUGAUCCAGUAUGGAUCCUGCACCUGCUGAAGAAGCUGGAGAAACAGUUCAUGAACCACUACAGCAAUGCCAUGUUGGAGUUUAAAGUUCGUUGGGAGCUGGACGACAGCAUCAUCCUGGAUACCAUGAUCUCUGAGCUGAGGGACGAGGUGAGCCGGCGCAUCCAGAGCAGCAUCGAACGUGAGAUGAGGAAGAUUCAGAGUCGUGCCGGCAGAGCGGGGAGGUCACCCCAGCCACCGAAAGGAGCAAACCUCUCCAGGGAGUCCACCAUGACAGAGAAGAGGCGUCGAAUGUUGAGGGUAAUGAAGAACCAGUCAGUGAAAACUGCCGACUCCCUCAGUGAUGGAGAGCUGACGGGUGAAUUCAGCGACCAGCGUAGUGAUGACGAGUACUGCCCCUGUGAUGCUUGUGUCCGCAAAAAAAUGGCUGCCAGGCCUCUUAAAGUGAACCCGCUGGCAACCGAAGCCCCAGUGAUGAUGGAGUUUGACCUCCUGAAGAUACUGCAGCUGAAGAAAAGCCCAUCACCUUCAGCCGUGCCACCUCCUGCAGAGAAGGAAGGUGACAGCCUUGUUGUAGACGAGGAGGGGAGGAAUUUAGAGGCAGUGCAGGAGGAAGAGGAGGAAGAUGAAACUAAAGAGGAUAUCAAAGCUGAUGUUGUUUUAGAGGAGACAAUCCCAGAGGAGGAUGAGGAAAUAGAAAAAGAGGAAAAUGGGGGUGAGGCAGGAGAUGAGGAGGUGGUAGAGGGGAGAAGAGAGGACAACAGUGUGAGUGAUGAGGAGCAAGAAGAGGGAGAAACAGGUGGUGAGGAAGGUGGGGAAGAGGAGACAUCAGACAAUGCAGAGGAUGAGGAGGAAGAUGAGGCUCAAUGUCAAUGCCAGUGUGCCAAAGGUGAGGAGUGGGAGGAGGAGGGAGACAAAGCAGGGGAGGUGGAAGAGGGAGAGGAGGAAACAGCAGAAGGAGAAGAAGAAACUACUGACAACACAGGUGAGGAUGAGACAGCAGACAAUGGAGAGAGAGCAAGAGAGGAAGAUUAUGAGAAUGCAAAGGAUGAAGGGGAGACAGAGGGGAACGAAGGAGAGACAGGAACCGGGGAAGAGGAGGAGGAGGAGGAGAGCGACAAGGAAACAGUAAAAGAGGCAACAGUAGGUGAAGAAGAGACCAAUGAAAAGGGCAGAGGCGAGGAAGAGGAGGAGGCAGAAGUGCAGGAGUGUGAGGUGACUGAAUUUAAGGCUGAGGAAGAAGAAGAAAAACAAACAGUGGGCAGGGGAAGCAGAGCAGAAUCCGGGGAAACUGAGGAUGCUGCGAAAAACGCGGCAAAUGAAGAAUCCACGCCAGUGGAGGAGUCCACUGAGGGAAACGAAAGCGCCUCGGCAGAGGCAGAGGAUGAAGAUGACGGGGAUGAUGGCUCCAGAGAGGGGGAGUCACAUGAACAAGCAAAGGGAGGAGAGAGCGAAGAGCAGGAAAGGAAGGCGUCAGAGGAGGAAAGAGCAUCUUCACAGGGCCAAGGGGUAACCGAGGGAGAGGAAGUCGAUGCCGAAGACUCCGACACCGACGGCAAACGCCCAAGCGUCACGAGUGAAUCGGGACGUGAGGGGGCCGGAGCCACAGGGGAUGAGGAGGACAAAGACAGUGGAGGAGAUGGAGGCGAGGAUGAGGUUGUGGAAGAUGUUGUUGAAGAGAUCAAGCCUGAGGAAGAGAAGGAGGAGGAGGAGGGCCAGGUAAAUAGAAACAAAAGGGAGGAUUGUGCUCUCCUCCAUCAGUUCACCAGGACCUCUGUGGAGUCCCAGCCUGGCUCCUUGGAGGACAUUGACGCAGAUGCACACCAAAACCCUGCGAACUCCGCAGAAGUGUCCAAAAUGGCUACUGGUGUAUCUACUAGUGGUGAUGCAGGCCAGAGGGGGAGCCGGUCGCCGGCCAGGGUCAAGCGGCGCCAACCCAAGGAGAGUGACGUGGAAUUGGAUGACUUUUAACUCACACAGAAACUGAACUGAUGGCGUGGACGCUCAGACUUCAGAAUGUCUGAGCGUCCCAUAAAAACCCUUCGCAGGUAGAAUUAUGUCGGUUCAAAAACUGCAACCACAAACAAAAAGACACAGACACUCGAAGCACUUUAUCACAAGAGUUCCGGUGUAGGAGGAGUCACCGUGAUUCACAUGUAGAAUCUUGAAACUUGAGACCACCACCUUAUCCUAUUUAUGAAUUAUAUUUGCAAUGGUUAUAUCUAUAUUUUUGAUUGAACUGUAUGUAUGAAUGCACAUCUAUUUCUGUACUGUAUGUGUACUAAUGAAGUCUGUUUUGACACUCAUGAGUGUAUUAUGUGUUCAGUGGACCACAGGUUUAAUAAUUUAUUGAAUCAUAUAGCCAUUAAUAUACAAGGAACCUCUGACAUAUUUUUGGUGUUAAUUCACUGUUUCAGUAGUCUUUGACAGAACCAGUGGACUGAUACUUGGUUCAACUCUGUCUAAUUUUUGGACUUGUCUUACUGAGGCUAUAUUCUCAGGGGUUUGGACAGCCAGUUUGCUUUGGAAAGGUCGUCUCCUAGCUGUUACUUAACUACCUGCUUAAAUCUGUAGUCUGUAAAGAAGACUUCAGUUUAAAUCUACCAACACGCUGUGAUGUAACCUGAUCAUCUUAAGGAAUAGUUUGAUAUUUUGUUGGCUUUUUCUCCCUGAGUUAGUCUGCUGGCUAAAUAUGAAACUAAAGCCAUGAAAUGGUUAGCUUAGCUUGGCACAAAGUCUCUCAGCAAGGAAGUGAAGUGGCGUGUUUCCCAAAAUGUUGAGCUAUUCCUUAAAGUACAUUUUGGAUUACUUUCUACUCCAAAAUUGAAAAAAAAACUGAGUUUUAUUUUAUUAUAGAAUCUGUUUUUCCUUUAAACAUUCAUAUGUGUAUGUCUCUUUUCAGUAUCUCAUUAUAUUUGUGCAGCCCAACUGUGAUCAUUUCUCUCCCAGGAAUCCAGUUUAUAUCUACAGUGAACGUCAGGAGGAAAGCUUCUGAACUUCAGGUGGACGUAAACCUUUCUCUGCUGCUUAAUGUCGAGAGCUUUUCUUAAGUGUGCGUUACAUGCUGAAGAUUCAGGUGGGGUUUGCAUAACUGGCCAUGUGGCGUGAAGCGUGAUAUUGAUGCCUUACUGUAUCCAUGGUUAUAUGAAGGUAGACUGAAAAAACAGGCGGGGGGAGGGGGCAUCCUAGUUAAGUGGCUGUCUUUUGUUUCCUGACAUGUUCUCUCUCUGUAAGUGGCUCUCCAGCAGGAUGAGAGAGCCUGUUAAAGAGGCCGGAAUCAAUCAAAGCUGCUUUUUAAAAUGCUGGAAAAAUCUACCUUUUAAGACCCCUGAGUAAGCUGGGCUCCAGGCUUAUAUCCUACCUGUACUUCUACUGCAGAGAUAUUCUGCAAAUGGUCCAUGUGUGUUCAGGACAGUGUGAACGAGGCAAAACGUCUCCUACUGCUUAGUUUGACAAAAGCCUUGUGGUACCAAGAGGUGUGUGCCUAUGUUGCUAUUGGUCUGUUUGGCUGUCCAUCAAUCAGUCGGUGGCGUCACCAAGUGAGCAUCAUGUACCCGGAAUACCAAAUGAGUCUAUGAAUGUAAUAAUG